AUGGAGCUGGGGCUGCUCAGGCAUCCGGACGGAGCCUCCCGGCAGGAGGACUGCUUCGGGGCACGGCGCGGGACGGGGGCCGACGUGGGCACGGUCCCCAACCUCCGGCGGAGCAACAGCAGCCUGUGCAGGAACAGGAGGUCGCAGUACCUCUUCGGCAACUGCGAGAAGCAAGGAAACCUCAGUUCGUGGAUUCCUGAGAAUGUCAAGAAGAAAGAGUGCGUGUACUUUGUGGAGAGCUCCAAGCUGUCUGAUGCCGGGAAGGUGGUGUGUGAGUGUGGCUACCCACGCGAGCAGCACUUGGAGGAGGCCACCAGGCCCCAUGCCUUCCAGGGCAAGGAGUGGGACCUGAAAAAGCACGUCCAGGAGAUGCCAACGGACGCCUUUGGUGACAUCAUCUUCACGGGCUUGAGCCAGAGGGUGGGAAAGUACGUCCGCCUCUCCCAGGAUACACCCUCCAGCCUGAUUUACCACCUCAUGACCCAGCACUGGGGCCUGGAUGUCCCCAACCUCCUCAUCUCCGUGACGGGCGGGGCCAAGGACUUUAACAUGAAGCCCAGGCUGAAGAGCAUCUUCCGAAGGGGCCUGGUCAAGGUGGCCCAGACCACAGGGGCCUGGAUUAUCACCGGGGGGUCCCACGCGGGCGUGAUGAAGCAGGUGGGCGAGGCGGUGCGGGACUUCAGCCUGAGCAGCCGCUCCAGUGAAGGGGAAGUGGUCGCCAUCGGGAUUGCCACGUGGGGCACCUUGCACAACCGGGAGAGCCUGAUCCUCCCCGCGGGCAGCUUCCCGGCUGAGUACAUCAUGGAUGAGGAAGGCCAAGGGCACCUGACCUGCCUGGACAGCAACCACUCCCACUUCAUCCUCGUGGACGACGGGACCCACGGCCGCUACGGGGUCGAGAUUCCCCUGAGGACGAAGCUGGAGAAGUUCAUAUCGGAGCAGACCAAGGAAAGGGGAGGCGUGGCCAUCAAGAUCCCCCUCGUCUGCGUGGUGCUGGAGGGAGGACCCGGCACGCUGCACACCAUCUACAACGCCAUCACCAGAGGCACUCCCUGCGUGAUCGUGGAGGGCUCGGGCCGCGUGGCGGACGUCAUUGCCCAGGUGGCCGGCCUGCCCAUCUCCGAGAUCACCAUCUCCCUGAUUCAGCAGAAGCUGGGCCUCUUCUUCCAGCAGAUGUCCGAGACCUUCACCGAGAGCAGGAUCGUGGAGUGGACCAAAAAGAUCCAAGACAUUGUCCGGAGACGACAGCUGCUCACCAUCUUCCGGGAAGGCAAGGACGGCCAGCAGGACGUGGACGUGGCCAUCCUGCAGGCCUUGCUGAAGGCCUCUCAGAGCCACGACCGCUUUGGCCACGAGAACUGGGACCACCAGCUGAAGUUAGCGGUGGCGUGGAACCGUGUGGACAUUGCCCAAAGUGAGAUCUUCACGGACGAGCGGCAGUGGAAGCCCUCAGAGCUGUACCCCGUGGUGACGGCCGCCCUCAUCGCCAACAAGCCUGAGUUCGUGAAGCUCUUCCUGGAGAGCGGGGUGCAGCUAAAGGAGUUCGUCACGUGGGACACCCUGGUCUACCUGUACGAGAACCUGGAGCCCACCUGCCUGUUCCACUACAAGCUGCACAAGGUGCUGGCCGAGGAGCCCGAGCAGCCGGCCCCCCGCGUGCAGAUGCACCACGUGGCCCAGGUGCUGCGGGAGCUCCUUGGGGACUUCACGCAGCCGCUGUACCCCCAGCCCCGCUCCAGCGACUGCCCGCACCUCCUGCUGCCCAUGCCCAACUUCAAGCUCAACGUGCAGGGAGUGAGUCUCCGGUCCCUGUACAAGCAUUCAUCAGGCCAUGUUGCCUUUACCAUGGACCCGGUCCGUGAUCUUCUCAUUUGGGCCAUCGUCCAGAACCGCCGGGAGCUGGCCGAAAUCAUCUGGGCGCAGAGCCAGGACUGCAUCGCCGCGGCCUUGGCCUGCAGCAGGAUCCUGAAGGAGCUGUCCAAGGAGGAGGAGGACAUGGAUAGCCUGGAGGAGAUGCAGGAGCUGGCCAACCAGUUUGAGCAGAGAGCCAUCGGGGUCUUCACCGAGUGCUACCGGAAGGAUGAGGAGAGAGCUCAGAAGCUGCUGGUCCGUGUGUCGGAGGCCUGGGGCAACACCACCUGCCUGCAGCUGGCCCUGGAGGCCAAGGACAUGAAGUUCAUGUCCCACGGGGGCAUCCAGGCGUUCCUGACCAAGGUGUGGUGGGGCCAGCUCUCCGUGGACAACGGGCUGUGGCGGGUGGUCCUGUGCAUGCUGGCCUUCCCACUGCUCUACACCGGCCUCGUCUCCUUCAGGCACAGGCGGCUGCAGGCCAAGGGGGGCCUCCUGCGCGUCCGCGCCUUCUUCAACGCGCCCGUGGUCGUCUUCCACCUGAACAUCCUGUCCUACUUCGCCUUCCUCUGCCUCUUCGCCUACGUGCUCAUGGUGGACUUCCAGCCCAGGCCCUCGAUCUGCGAGUACCUCAUCUACCUCUGGCUCUUCUCCCUGGUGUGCGAGGAGCUGCGGCAGCUCUUCUACGACCCGGACGAGUGCGGCCUGAGGAAGAGGGUGCUGCUGUACUUCAGCGACUUCUGGAACAAGCUGGACAUCUGCGCCAUCCUGCUCUUCAUCGCGGGGCUGACCUGCCGGCUCCUGCCCUCGCUGCUGUACCCCGGCCGCGUGGUCCUCGCCCUGGACUUCGUCAUGCUCUGCCUGCGGCUGAUGCACAUCUUCACCGUCAGCAGGAUGCUGGGGCCCAAGCUCAUCAUUGUGAGGCGGAUGAUGAAGGACGUCUUCUUCUUCCUCUUCCUGCUGGCCGUGUGGGUCGUGUCCUUCGGGGUGGCCACGCAGGCCAUCCUCAUCCACAACGAGAGGCGGGCUGAGUGGAUCUUCCGGGGCGUCGUCUACCACUCGUAUCUCACCAUCUUCGGGCAGAUCCCCGCCUACAUCGAUGGAGUGAACUUCAGCCCGGAUCGGUGCAGCCCCAACGGCACCGACCCCUACAAGCCCAAGUGCCCGGAGCCCGCCUUCCCCGAGUGGCUGACGGUCAUCCUGCUCUGCUUCUACCUGCUCUUCACCAACAUCCUGCUGCUCAACCUGCUCAUCGCCAUGUUCAACUACACCUUCCAGCAGGUCCAGGAGUGCACGGACCAGGUCUGGAAGUUCCAGCGCCACGACCUGAUCGAGGAGUACCAGAGCAGGCCCCCUGCGCCGCCCCCCUUCAUCCUCCUCAGCCACCUGCACCUCUUCAUCAAGAGGGUGGUGCUGAAGAUCCCCGCCAAGCGCCACAAGCAGCUCAAGAACAAGCUGGAGAAGAACGAGGAGGCCGCCCUCCUGUGCUGGGAGAUCUACCUGAAGGAGAACUACCUGCAGGACCAGCAGUCCCUGCAGAAGCAGAGGCUGCAGCAGAAGAUCCAGGACGUCAGCGACAGGGUGGACACCGUGGUGGACCUGCUGGAAACGGCUCGUCUGAAGCAGUUGGGCUCCGUGGAGCAGAGACUGGCCUCCCUGGAGGAGCAGGUGGCCCAGACGGCUGGCGCCUUGCACUGGAUAGUGAAGGCCCUGAGGGACGGCGGCUUUGGCUCGGAGGGGGACGUCCCCACCCUGGCACCGCAGAUGGCCUCGGUGGGGCAGGACCCUGAGCUGGACGGCGGGCCGAAGACGGAGGACCCGGGCGACGCCUACCACGUGAACGCCCGGCACCUCCUCUACCCCAGCUGCCCUGUCCUGCGCUUCCCGGUGCCCAACGAGAAGGUGCCCUGGGAGAUGGAGUUCCUUAUCUACAACCCGCCCUUCUACACGGCCGACAGGAAGGACAAGGAUCUGGUGGACCCUGUGGGGGACGCCCCAGAGCCUCUGUCCAGGAUCAGCUACAACGUGAUGGAUGGAUGUCUGGACCGGCGCAGCGUCCACGGGGUCUACGCCGUGCAGGGCGGGCUCCCUCUGAACCCCAUGGGCCGCACGGGGCUGCGCGGGCGCGGGGACCUCCGCUACUUUGGCCCCAACCACACUCUGCAGCCUGUGAUCACCCGGUGGAAGCGGAACCAGGACGACGCCAUCUGCAUGAAGAGCAUAAAGAAGAUGCUGGAGGUGCUGGUGGUGAGGUGCCCCUUCUCCGAGCACUGGGCGCUGCCAGGGGGCUCCCGGGAACCAGGAGAGACGCUGCCCCGGAAGCUGAAGCUGGUCCUCCGGAGAGAGUUCUGGCCUUCCUUCGAGAACUUGCUGGCGCAGGGCAUGGAGGUGUACAAAGGCUACGUGGAUGAUCCAAGGAACACGGACAACGCCUGGGUCGAGACCGUGGCCGUGAGCGUCCACUUCCCAGACCAGAGCGACGCGGAGCUGAAGAGGCUGAAUUCUCACCUGCACUCCUGCGACACGGGGACGUCCGUCCGGUGGCAGCUGGUGGAUCAGCGCAUCCCGCUGUACGCCAACCACAAGGCCAUCCUCCAGAAGGUGGCCGCCUUGUUUGGGGCCUACUACUGACCCGGGGACGCGGCCCGGGCAGCUCUGCAGGGCCGGCGGGGCCGGUCCAUCCACGGCCCACUUGGACCGGCUGCCCCUCACAGCCGGCUCGUGAACUGGGAGGCCUCGGGGAGCCCUGGGAGGAGAGCUGAGCAGGUCACAGGCAGGCUCCAGCCACGGGGCAGGGCCUCGGGGUUGAGGGGGCCACGGGGACCCCGCCGGCCAACACUGCCUCUCUCGAGGCUGUGGGCGGCCCGCGGACGCCGUCCGGGCCACGUCCCGUGAGCAGCACAUCCACCCCCAGAGGGGGCGCCGCCCGAGGCCCGCACUUCCCGGAGAGUCGGGCUUCCCCAAGAGGGCCUCCACCGUGACCAACUCGGACCCUCGCCUGGCCUGGGGCAGCGCCCGGUUCCCUCGGCCCCUUCGUGGGGCAGGAGGCCCGGGCAGCUCCCGCGUUCUCCUGAGGCAUAGAGGUCUCUGGGUGUGCUGCCCCGGGACCCGGGCGGGAGGAUGGAGCAGCAUGGGGUUGGGGGGGGCUCUCCUGCACACGGCGCCCCUGCCCCCUCCCCCGACAGCCCAGGGAGGAGCGGGCAGCGGGUGCGGACGGAGGGGCCACCCGGGUCAGCACCGGCGACUCACGGACCGUCAGCACAGCCGUCUGGAGCCGUGGAAUGCUGCAAAAGGCCCACGUUAAACCUGCUCCCCCGCCCCCAGCCUCGCCGCCUCUUCUGUGCGUCCUUCAAAUAAAGUUAGAGACACGCGCGGUGGUCGGGGGCUGUGUCCGGGCCCACAGCCGAGCUUCCCGGGGCCCGCGGGGUCUCCUGUAGACAUCCUGCAGCCCCUCAGGUCCAAACUCACGAUUUCUCCUUCAAUCAACACCCCCCCUCCCCGCCCCCACACACACACUCCCUCUUCCUCAUUUUCCUAGAUCCCGGCUCCAGCCCCCAACCUGGGACUCAGCCCCUCGCACCUCCCCUGACCCCCACCCUCGAUUUUUAUUGGAAUCUCAUAUCCAGCCAAACUAGUGCUCAAGUAGCAGCAGCAAAUAAAGACAUUUUAGAAGCAUAAGGA